CGUUGGGGAAACGAUAAAACAGACGGACGCGUAAGUAAGCUUCUCAUCGGCAUUUGUUGAUAGAAUAGUAUACAUACUCUGUCGAAAAGGGAAUAAGUGUGAAUUUGCUCACCCUUCACCACCUUCUCUACAUUCACACGGUUGUGUUGUGAUUCGCCAGGGACCGAUAAAAUCCCCGAGCUGCUUACGGUAACCGCGAAUGUCGAUAAACAUUGAGCUAUUAAGCAAACCCGGCAUUUGGAAGUGAUAUUUUAAGCUAACACCUCGCUGUGUUGAACCCGAAAAGUGUCUACGUGAGUUUUGCAAGCUUGUUAUCUACGUACUUCAACGGAUUUCUGUAGAAUUUUUGCUAUUGCGGCAAAAACCGGCUAGUUAGUUUGCUAGCUCGACACCAAGCCGAAAGGUCGUAUCGAACGGAGAGCUUUUCACUGCCGCCCCAGGACUAACAAUCAGAGAUACUAUUAAUCUCCAAAUAUCGCUACGCACUAAGCCGUAAAAAAACCCUACGAUGUCACUCCGUCUUCUAUCGUCAUCAUAUGUCAGUCGUUUAUUGCUCUCCAACGGUGCAAAGAUGGCACCAACGCGGGGCAUGGCUCGCUCACCCUAUUCAGACCCGCGUGGUUUCACUUUUACCAGUAUGAAGAAAAAUCCAGCCGUUAUCCCACUGGUCGCAAUAAUAGGGCUUGCCGUGUCAGGUGUCUGUGGAUUCAUCGUCUACUCAUUCUAUACGCGCCCAGAUGUUAGCUUCAACAGGAAAGUUUACGAGUGGGACACCAUGGACGUCAUGAAACCAAAGCAGCUCAAGAUCUUCGCCUUCAACCAGCAGGUUCAACCAAUGCCAGAAUUGAACGAAGCUUUGGCGUACCGUGAGGAAUACAAGAAACAGGAAACUGCAGAUCAUUAGAAGAACAGCCCAGAAUCACGGACGGGUGUGGGCUUAGUCACUCAAUCCAGCACUCCCUUCUAUUAAGCAUAGAACAAUCCUGCAUUUAAUCGCUUAAGUAUACACCCAUAAAAGUCAACUGGACAGGACCUUUUGAAUGUUGCUCCUACCAGCUAGUUUAAUUGUAGAAGCGUUGCAUUUCAAGUAUUAAUGUAUUAACUUAACGUAGUUGAUUAGCACGAGAACGUCCGCUUUGGUCAGUAUUUCUCUACUACCUCUGGACAUGAAGAUAAUCCUCGACACUAUGGAGCUUAAAGCCAACACAAAUAUGUCUUAGUAAUAGUGCACGCCACAGAGUUUAUCGUUACUUAAAACUAUCGCUUAUAGUAGGCGACUAGUCGUUUAAUCAAUAAAUACA